CGGUCAAGCCCCUGAAAAUCAAUUGACGCCUGGGAUUGGACAAUCUGUGAAACCUCAACAGAACAACAUCUCGCAUUGCGACUCUACUGCGUAUUCGGACAAAAUCUUGAACUUUACUUACGAAAAUUCUCAAAGUUCUAAGCUUGUUUUAACAAAUGCCAAGAAAACAUGGACGAAGAGGCAGAAAUUGCUCCAUCAAUUGCUAUACCAGAACUAACUCGGGGCCCCCAAGCUAAUCACCCAUCAUCAGUGCCAGUGAACGAGAAUACUGAUACGAAUACGAUAAUCAGUAACCCCAAUGCUGGGACGGUUGUCACUCGCAUUGAAGGCAUUCUUGCGCAAAUCAUCAACGCUUUAGCUGCGGGUCAAGAGCUAUCAAUUCCCUUUUCUGCACGAAGGUCAACGCGUCGUGCCGCGAAUGUACAGCCAGAGCAGGUUCAUUUUCCUGGUCGUAACCAGCAGGAAGCAGUCAAGUUUGCACGCAUACUUCUCAUUCUUCAAUUGUCACAUGAUGCUCUUGUAUCUGGCACCGUCCUGACCAAGCGCCACAUAUUCUACCAACACCAAGAUCUUUUUGAGAAGCAAGGCCAAGUGGAUGACCUUGUUGACGACAUUGCUUUCACUCUUGGUAUCAGUCGUGGGGACUUGAACAUUGUUGCAGCAUCAAAGGGUGUCCUGGCUGGACCGUUAAUAAUACGCCUCCACGAUGGGAGUAUGCUGAACGCUUGCUCGGGAGAUUUAGGAGUUGCUAUCCCGACUAUCCAGUCAAUCUCAAGCGUCGACGGUCAGAACGUCAAAUGGAUUCUGGUUGUAGAGAAAGAUGCUGUUUUUCGAUCGCUUUGUUCGUCCCAAUUUUGGAGAACCUGCAUAUUCGGUCCUGGAGUGCUUGUUACAGCCAAAGGAUAUCCUGACUUAACCACGCGCUCUUUCCUGAACUUUGUUCAUACACAGUAUCCUCAACUGCCACUUCUUGGACUGUUUGACUACGAUCCCGAUGGCGUUAAGAUCUUGCGAUGCUACCGAUACGGAUCCGAAAGACUGAGCCAUGAAGCUGAUCUCAGUAUACAAGCAUUGCGGUGGCUCGGUAUCACAUCAGCGCAUCUUUCCCGAGGUCACGCUGGCACCUCACUCGGCAACUACGGGCCACGAAGCCAAGUGUCUAUCACAUCAAUCCAGUGCCGUGAUCCUGUCACCUAUCUAAAUGGCAGAGAGCGGGCUACAGCUAUCUCAAUCCUCAAGAAGAUCAGCCAGCACUCUUCAAAUGAGCUAGAAGCCUCGGAACUGCGACGCGAGUUGCAGUUGAUGAUAAUGCUUGGUGUCAAAGCAGAGAUUGAGUGGCUCGAUGAAUCUGGAAACUUGUGUUCCUGGCUUGAUGGUGAAAUCGGAGAAGCACUCAUUAGCGAGAGAGUCUGGCUUGCAUGAACAAUUUGAGAGGAACAUCUGCUAUGAUCUCUAAUGAAGGAGUCAAUGUUCAAGAAAAAAAGAGGGAAAUGACCUACCUAUCAUAGCAUGUAGCCGGUAGCUUUCCUCAUCGUUUAAAAUCGAAAAUGAAAAUCGAACUUGA